GUUUUGGUGCAGCUUGAUCUUCGCUUCAGCGCUCCCAACUAUCGGAUUCGGAGCUCCUAUCGCAGCGGCGUUAAGAACAGACACCGUCCUUCAAUGACGAUGGGCCUUCUACCUAGGCCUCAUCGUAUCCGGGCUUGUUUUUAUCCUGCUCUUCAUUUGCUACCAUCCUCCAAAUUUCCAACUACUGCAUACCAAUCGCACUAAAUGGCAACAAAUCAAACGCCUCGACUUCGUUGGCCUGUCCUUUUACGUUCUCGGACUCAUUCUGCUUUUGACCGGGCUGAACUGGGGCGGCAGCGCCUACCCCUGGAAAUCUGCCCACGUCAUCGCCACAAUCGUGGUCGGUACCUUGUGCAUAAUAGUCUUCACAAUCUACGACAUCUACCACAAGGCGACCCCCUCCUCCCCAUGCAUCUCUUCAAAUCCCGGGGCUUCGCCGCCAUCAUCAGCGCCGCCUCCGUCGGCAGUUGUGUGUACUACUCGAUGAUCAUCCUCUGGCCGUCCCAAAUCGCCAGCCUCUUAGGCGGCAGCCCGAUCCACCAAGCCCUGCUCGCCUCGAUGGUUGGUACUGGCACGCAGCUCGGCCAAUUCAUGGCAGGCCCCAUGCUACAUUGGAUUUCGUACCAGCGCGGCCUGCUCUUCUUCACGUGCUGUCUGCUCACCGCGAUGGCGGGCGCGAUGAUUGCCGUUGGUCCUGGGAGCGUGUCACUGGACUGUGGCCUUAUGCUUACGGCGUGUUGGUGUAUUGGGGUGAUCGAGUGUAUCGCUGUGGUGCUGACGCCGCUGAGCUGUCCGCCUGAGGAUCUGGGUGCGGCGUUGGGCGCGCUCGGAUCUGUCAGGAGUACGGCUGCGAUGUGUGCGACGGCCAUCUAUGUUGCUAUUCUGAAUAGCAAACUGGCUAGUAUCACGCCUGCUUUGGUGUCGCAAGCAGCUCUGAAAAAUGUACUACCGGCGUCUUCGAUCCCGACGCUGUUGAUGGAUACGGCGACGGGCAAUUUUACGAAUGUGCCGGGGAUCACGCCAGGUAUCACCCUGGCGGUUGAGGCAGCAAUGGCGGAGGCUUCCGCGCGGUCGUUCAGUAUGUCUGGUACGCGGUCGUUGCGUUCGGCUGUCUCGCAAUCGUCGCUUCGUCGUUGACUACCAACUAUAAUGAACAUCUCAAUGACGAAGUAGCGCGCGAGAUGCAAGAUCCGAGGUCGAACGGCUUUAGUAAAGAAAUUGAUCAAGAGAAGUGAGGGCUUGAAACUAGGGCAAUCACCGAGACUGGAAACUUGAGACGAGGGGAGGAAAAACAUGGGAGUGCCUUCGAAUGUUAUCUUUGAUGUCCAAAAUG